AUGGCCGCCCCCCAACCGACCCACGUUCCUCAACGGAGUCGUGGAUUCAGCGUCAAAUCCGACCAUUCUCAUCGUACCAGCACCUCCGGCCACAAAAGUCAACUCUCCGAAUCCUCUGAGGAAAAGGCCCGUCGCAAUUUACACACCAAAGCCGAUCCAUUGGUCGCUAUGACCGAGUUACAGCCGAUGGCCGUGGCGCUGGAGAAGUCCAAUCUGGCUUCAUUGAGAGAAACUCAACACAGAGAUCAAUUUGGAGAGCUGAUCACCGAUCCCGACUGGUCGAACCCCACCCGUCCACGUUUUGAGCGCCCCCUGGAUACCAUUCGAUCGUUCGAGGCCGCAAUAAAUGGAACAUACGGUACUCAGCGCCGGGGUUCCUACGCCCGAACAGAUGACGCCGCCUCACAAAUGGGAGACUUCAGCCGACGAACAAGCUACUACGGAUCGAAUAAUCGCGGACACGAGAACCAGUAUGGUCGCAACGGCCAAUCGCGUCCCGGCAGCGUGAUCGACUAUGCAAGCUCGAGCCAGGCUCUGGAGAACCCAUACCCCUACAACCAGAACGGACAGCAGCGUCGGCCACGGUACCAAUCACGCCAGUCAACGGACCAAGGUGUUUAUGGCAACGGUAACCAGUAUGGAGCCCCGCAAUAUCAUCAGCGCUCUUACGAUAAUGUCACUGCCAUGUCGGGAUCAGCGUCUGGAAAUACCGAUUAUGGUCAAUCGACUGACCCCAGCUCUCUCAAUAGUUCCGUGGACCAGUUACAGCAACGUCAAGAUGGCGCCGAAUACGGAUACCAGAGCCAGGUCAAUGGCAGGCCCUCUGCGCCAGCUGCGAGCUCCACCUAUGUGCCUUCGCAAGGUGGUAUGAACGUUGUCAAAAAACCCACGAAUCUGAACGACAAGCGGAAGAGUUGGUUCAAGCGGCGAUUCAGCAAAGAUUAG